UCUCUCUCUGUAUCUAGCAUCCUGACUCCGAAGACGCACCGAAUUCCUUGAUGCUGCGUUCCAGUACACCCGAUCAAAUGUAUUCAUUGGUGCAUGACAUUACAGCCUCAAGCGAGCCUGUAACAGAAGAUGCUUCUUUCUUUGCCAUCAAGGAAAGCCGUCGUCGAAUGUUGUCUUUAGGUCAAAUGGACAAAAAACAUGCAACACCAACUGCGGAACCGAAUCUUCUCAUUCCUGCUUCAAAAGCCAUCCCAGAAAAUUCAGAAACUAACCGUUCAAGCUUUGUCGUACGUUUGGACAAUAUUCCAUGGAAGUUGACUCAUCAUGAUGUCAUGUCUUGGUUGCCGAAGCCGGUAGAGAAGUUGCUCCCUAGCAGCGAUACCGUUGCCCAAUCUGUUCACAUUCCGAUUGACGUCGUUUCGGGGAAAACAUCGAAUUGCUGCUUUGUAGAAUGCCGCGAUAAGGAACAAGCGAUGCGUUUAGUCCGUCACCGCAACAAUGCUCGUCUUCUGGGCCGUCCAGUGUCAUUGAUUUUGACAAACCAUGAUGAUCUUCUGAAUGAGAUCUUUCCUUUCCGCCUGGUAUCUCCGCGCAAAGACGAAGAGCAUUGCAUCUAUUUCACACCCGGCAUUUUAAUGCAUCUGGUACAACUCCUGCGAUCUGGUAGUCCACAAUUGAAAGGACCAGCCAAAGUUGUCGAUCUGACUACUAGUAUGAUUCGUCUGGUGCCUGCAAGGUUGAACGAACGCUUGCGUACAGUCUUAUUUGGACGAGUGAAAGAGAUCAUUUGUACUUGCAUCUUGGCCCCUCGCGAGUUGGUCGGCAUUCACGAAUCACUCAAUCGCUUGUUGUUGGCCAGCAGUACUUGUGCAUGCUUUACCGUAGCACAACGAAUCGACAUCUUGGACAGCGCUCGUCAAGCAUUGAAUACGAUUGCACCGCAGCAUUAAAAAUUUACUAAAACGAUGACACAAAAGGAGUC